AUGAGUAGUUGGGUUGGUAAUUGUAAUCAGUCAAGUAAGACUGACGCUGGCGAGAGAGAGAGAGAGAGAGAGAGUUGGUUGGGAUUAACAGUAGGAAUAGGAAGAGAGGAGGAGAAACAACAAAAUAGUAGAAGCGACAACGGCGGAUUGAUCUAUGACGUAAAUCAUUAA